CCGGGCGCUCACUGCUCGUCGAUUCGCCGAGCGAUCGACAUCGAGUGUUCCCCCGUCGAUCGAGACAGAGAGAGAGAGGAUUUUUCGUCCACGGAGGAUCACCUCGUACGGAAGAGAAAUAUUUAAAAAGAAGUAAAUAACAGAGAAGAACGAGACGCAGCGAUCCGGCUCCUCUCCCUACCCGGUGAUUCCAGUCAGUGGUGAAAAAGAAGCUUCAGGAGAAGAAUGGAGAAGGAUCAGCCGGAUUCCUUGGCGACCGUGGCCGUCGUCUCGGAGAAGAUGGCACAGCCUCACAGCAAUUACGCGCCCAGCGAGGUUUACUCCUCCGCCGAGCCACCUCCGGCGUACAUGAGGCCGAAGAGCACGGCGGUUCAAAUCGCGAGGAUCGCGGCCAUCACGUUGGUGACGAUGUCCUUCGUCUUUGGUAGCUUCUUCCUGGCCGCCUCUUGGGUCCAGGCACGAGCAACCUGCACCCCCGAAUCGAUCGCCGCGAUGCAGGCGGAACUCAGGCUCCAGCAACAGCAACAACCCUCCGUUGUUUAUCAACAAAGCGAGUUCUUGAAGCACCUGCAACCGGAGGCACUCAUCCAGGAGUCCAGCGCGACGAAAGAGAUUCAGCAGAGUCUCGCGGAGCAAACACCGACGAAGAAGGAGCCCGAACCGGACACCAAGGACAUAAAAGUGCAGAAGGACGACGAGAAUAAUUCGAAGCCGGACAACGAGAACGGCGACCAUGACGAGGACGACGAUGACUACGACGACGACGAGUUCCCCCCCGUCCAUAUCAAGUUGCCCCUUCAGUUCGACUUUGACGAAAUUGCAGGCACUCUGAUUCAGGAGGCACGCAGCAGAGUUUCCUGCGUGGUGGAAAGACGAAGGGCUGACCAGGUGAUGGACGGUGCUAACAACAAUAACGUGGACAACGGUACCGACUCUCGCUACCAAAGACUCAGCGGUGAACGCGUUGCUAUUCUCUGCGAGUCUGGCAAUCCUCAACAGGAGCAACAGGAGCAAGAGAUGCUGACCCCGAUCAUCAUUCCUCUGGGAACCGUCCAGGUGCCUCUUCAGCCCCAGGAGCCAAACACAGGCUACCAUCAGUAUCAGGUCCACACUCAGUACCAAGUACCUGACAUGCAGCAGUUACCUCUCAGCGACCCACGCGGGAUGAACAACAUCCCGCCAGGUGUCUUCCCUCCUGACAUGCGCAAUCUGCCCCAAGUGAACGUGGAGAUGAGGCCGCCGCGGAUGGGACCGCAAGCGCCCAUGAUGGGAUCCCAGGCGCCCAUGAUGGGACCCCAGAAUCCCGCGAUGGGACCUCAAAUCGAAGUGCGUCGAAUCCCCAUCGAGGUGCGUCAGUUCCCCAUGAAUUUGGUGAGAGGUAUGCGACCGCCAAUGCCUCAGGAACCGCAACAAGUGAUGUACCAACAGGUGGAACAGACACCUGGGAUGUACGGUCAGGAACAGGGUCCGGUGAUGAUGCCUCCUCCAGCUCCACAGCCGGAGGGUCAGGUUCACGAGCAAAGGGUGAUCCCACACGUGAUGAUCCCGCAAACCGAGCAGCGGCCACCUCAAGUGCAACCUCAGAUGCCACCUCAGAUGCCACCUCAGGCCCAACCUCAGCCUCAGCCGCAACCACAGCCACAGCCUCAAGCACCCGAGCGACCACGGUCUCCCUUCCAAGGAAUUCCGUUCGAAAUUCGAAGGAUCAUCCAGCAAGUGCCUUUAGAAAUAAAGAAUAUCAUUCAGCACAUCACUGGUGAAGCGAGACCAGUCUCUGUUCAAGUACCUGAAGGUGCUCGCCGCGAGAACGUGCAGGAGUUCAAACCGUUCCCGGAAGGCGCGCAGCCCAUUCCUCUGGGACUUCCACUUCCGGUAGAGGUGCGAAAUCUAUUGGAGCAUGGAAAUAUCGAGGGUCGUCAGCGACCGGAUGGCUCCAACGAGCAACAGGAAGCUAAGCCUUUCCCUGGACCGGAAGACGACAGCGAGGAAGAAAGGAACUUCCCUGUGCCGGCGGAAAUUCGUAACAUAAUUCACCAGGUCGUAGAGGGCAAUGCUUUCCCAGUGCCAAGAUUCGCUCUGCCGUUGAGACCCGUGGAGUCUUUGGAAAUACCUGUGGAAGCUCGCGCUGAAGUCACGGACGGGCAAAACUCCGAACAAGAAUCGGAGCAUCGACAACAGGAACAACAACAGACCCACAUGAUGAUUCACCAGCAGCAACAGCAACAGAUGCAGCAGCAACAGCAACAGCAACAACAACAACAACAGGAACAAGAAGAAGAAAGUCGUCCACAUUAUGUGCAACCGCGUUCGGUGCGUUCCAUUCCGGAUGCGUUCGCCCAUCGCCGUGAGAAACGCGUCCGUCGUUGCGCCUGCGAUUGCGCUUGUUAAUUCUGCGUCCAGAGAAUAAUCGGAUCGAGUUUCCCUGUCUCGUGUCCGAUCGAAGCAAAAAUGUCCUUAAAAAAAAAAGAAAAAGGCAUCUUUGAAGCACGUUUGACCAGUUUCUGUGACCCCCCAAAAAAAAGAAUCAUGUACAUUUUCAGGAAAUCCCUACGCAUCUUGCAUUUCGAUGAGUCUCGAUCGCAUACCCACGACCCAGGUGCCCGACAGAGAAGCAGAAUUGGGAACAGAGUCGCAGAGAUUAAAAAAAAAAAAUGUUUUAUUAAGUUCCGUAGUUAUUAUCACGCUCGUAAAACAGCAGCGAGGCCCAGCGUUUCGUUCAGGCAAUACCCCGUGACACGUUGGCAAACAAUGGAGUAAUAAAAGUGAACUACGACUGAGUCGUAAAAAAAAACAAAAAAAAAAAAAAAGGAAAAACAGUAAUUUACAUCGAAAGAACAAACGUCUGAGUGGUGGGAGGGAGACCCAUUGAUACCAGUGAUAUUAUUCGAGCAAACGCAUACACCGGUGGAGACGCCUUGACUUUGUUAUUAAAGUUUUCGCCUCUCUUGAUAACGGCUGUACGCUGGGAGAAAAUGGGAGACAGAAAUAAAAUCUGUGAUCGUUUCUUUCAGUCUCGUU